GAGAGCUGGGGUACAGAAGCUGCAUAGCCAGAAAAACACGUAUGUGGUUCAGCGUACACAUGCAGGGCUGGCUUGUCCCGUGGUUAUAAUUGCAGACCCUUUGCUGCUGGAUUGAAUAUUUUUAUUUUACAGACAUGCACAUACAUAUAUGUGACAUACGUGUUUUAAGGGUCUGCACAUUAAAUUAUCACUUCCAAAUGAGUUCGACUGCAUAGAUCAGGGGGAAAAAACAAGUCUUGGACAAGAAGAGAACAAAUGGGCAAGCCUGGGGGCAGAGAGUUGACCCUGGGCCGGUGCUGUGACACCCUGUGGCUUGCAGGAGGGGCUGAGCCAGGGCCGUGAAGGUGCUGCCCAAGACGACCGCCCAGGUCGGGCACAAUCAGGAGAGGCAAGGGCUUCACCCGCGGUCGGCACUCGGGUUGUGACUGCACCUGCUGCAUGUGACCAGCGGGCAGAGGCAGCCGCAGCCGCAGCUGUGAAGAGGCAGCCACAACCUUGCCGGCUUCCGCCCGCUCUCACUGAGGAAAGGAGCACGGCAGAGGAGGGGCGGGAGUCUCCGCACCGCACCGCCGGCGCCUCCCGAAUGGGCUCUCCGCUGCUCUGACGUGGGACUCCAGGCAGAGCUGGAAGACAAGGAAGCUCACGGAGAGAAUCAAGGGAUGCGGGCGCUGUGAGAGAGACAGGGCAGGCCUUGGCGAGGAAUCCCUCCCGCACUGAAAUGCUUUCUGAACCAGGUGCCGCGAUUCUCCUCCCGCUUUGCUCAGAUGAGAGGAGCCAGCAAGGACUUCUCCUGAACAGUUCCUGAGGGGCCUUUCUGUCAUUGUUCCUCUUUCCAGUGCACGGGGCUGUUUGCUGACCUUUCCAGAGGAAUGUCAGCCCAGCUGAGGAGAUAGUUCUUAGUAAAACAGAACAAACCAAACAAGUCCUGCAGUUUGAAUGGGUGGUGUCUCUCGCUGGCUGCAGUUCUUUGCCUGUGAUAUUUUGGAGUGUCUGCAGAAACUUGACUACCUUAAAAUCUCCCUGGAUUAGGCCAAAGAAAAAGAAGUUUUCUGCCAGAAAGUAGGAAAGGAGAGCUGGUGAAAGGAGAUCAGGACCUGGCUGAUCAACAUCUUGGAGCUGUAGGAAUCAGCACUUCAGAUGUAACACAUAAACCAAAAUGAGGAGAGACUGCCGGGUUCCGCGCAGAGGCGGAGUGUAAAAGCACCGGCAGCGCUUCAGAGCACAGGGCCUGAAUGAUGCCUGAAGACCGGAACUCUGGGGGACGCCCCUCGGGUGCCCUAGCUCCGACUGCCUUCAUCCCCAAAACUACCUACCGAAGAAUCAAACGGUGUUUUAGUUUUCGAAAAGGUAUUUUUGGGCAGAAACUGGAAGACACUGUGCGCUAUGAGAAAAGAUAUGGGAACCGCCUAGCCCCGAUGUUGGUGGAGCAGUGUGUGGACUUCAUCCGACAGAGGGGGCUGAAGGAAGAGGGUCUCUUCCGGCUGCCAGGCCAGGCUAAUCUGGUCAAGGAGCUACAGGAUGCCUUUGACUGUGGGGAGAAACCGUCAUUUGACAGCAACACAGACGUGCACACAGUGGCAUCCCUUCUUAAGCUGUACCUCCGAGAACUUCCAGAGCCAGUGAUUCCUUACGCAAAGUAUGAAGACUUUUUGUCCUGUGCCAAACUGCUCAGCAAGGAAGAAGAAGCAGGUGUUAAGGAAUUAGCAAAGCAGGUGAAGAGUUUGCCAGUGGUUAAUUACAACCUCCUCAAGUACAUUUGCAGGUUCUUGGAUGAAGUUCAGUCCUAUUCGGGAGUUAACAAAAUGAGCGUGCAGAACUUGGCGACUGUGUUUGGUCCGAAUAUCCUGCGUCCCAAAGUGGAAGAUCCUUUAACCAUCAUGGAGGGCACUGUGGUGGUCCAGCAGUUGAUGUCGGUGAUGAUUAGCAAACACGAUUGCCUCUUCCCCAAAGAUGUAGAACAACAAAGCAAGCCCCAGGAUGGAAUGAGCAACAACAACAAUGACAUUCAGAAGAAAGCUAUCACGGGUCAGUUACAGAACAAGGAAAACAAUAACACCAAGGACAGCCCUGGUAGGCAGUGCUCCUGGGACAAGUCUGAGUCUCUCCAGAGGAGCAGCAUGGACAAUGGAUCCCCCACAGCUCUGCCAAGCAGCAAAACCAACAGUCCAAGGAACAGCGUCCACAAGCUGGAUGUGUCUAGGAGCCCCCCUCUCAUGGUCAAAAAGAACCCCGCUUUCAAUAAGGGUAGUGGGAUAGUCACCAAUGGGUCCUUCAGCAGCAGUAAUGCAGAAAGUCUAGAGAAAACUCAAACCACACCCAAUGGCAGCUUACAAGCCAGGAGGACCUCUUCUCUGAAAGGGUCUGGUACCAAAAUGGGCACCCACAGUGUACAGAAUGGAACAGUGCGCAUGGGCAUCUUGAACCCCGACAUGCUUGGGAACCCUGUGAAUGGUCGCAGCAUGAGCUGGCUGCCCAAUGGCUAUGUGACCCUGAGGGACAACAAGCAGAAGGAGCAAGCUGGAGAGUCAGGCCAGCACAACAGGCUUUCCACCUAUGACAAUGUCCACCAGCAGUUCUCCAUGAUGAACCUUGAUGACAAACACAGUGUGGACAGCGCCACUUGGUCCACUUCAUCCUGUGAAAUCUCCCUCCCUGAGAACUCCAAUUCCUGCCGCUCCUCUACUACCACCUGCCCAGAACAAGACUUUUAUGGGGGGAACUUUGAGGAUCCUGUUCUGGAUGGGCCACCCCAGGAUGACAUUUCUCACCCUGGGGACUAUGAAAACAAAAGUGACCAUAGGAGUGUGGGAGGUCGAAGUAGUCGUGCCACUAGCAGCAGUGACAACAGUGAGACAUUUGUUGGUAACAACACCAGCAACCACAGUGCACUGCACAGUUUAGUCUCCAGCCUGAAACAGGAAAUGACCAAACAGAAGAUAGAGUAUGAGACCAGGAUAAAGAGCUUAGAACAGCGAAAUUUGACUUUGGAAACAGAAAUGAUGAGCCUCCACGAUGAACUGGAUCAAGAAAGGAAAAAGUUCACUAUGAUAGAAAUCAAAAUGCGAAAUGCCGAGCGAGCAAAAGAAGAUGCUGAGAAAAGAAAUGACAUGCUGCAGAAGGAAAUGGAGCAGUUCUUUUCCACGUUUGGAGAGCUGACAGUGGAACCCAGGAGAACUGAGAGAGGAAACACGAUAUGGAUCCAGUGAGCCUGCUUUCUCCACUGUCUGGAUGGCCAUGGGGAGAACUGUGGGGACUCUGAUGGGAGGGGAUACGGGAGUAGGUGGCUGGUCACCUGGCUGUACAGAGCCCUGCUGGUGAGAGAGAUCAUUUACAAUCAUUAACUAUCCGUGUCUACAAUGUGUACCAAAGUUAUAUCAUGCCACAUCAUGCUACUGUCAAGUGUUACAACUGGAUAUGUGUAUAUAGAGUAGUUUUUAAAAAGUAACCUAAAACUAAGAAGCUUAUCUCAAGAAUUAUUUUAUUGCAAGCCUUGUAUUUAAAUGUUAAAUCAAUAUGUUGUUGCAAUUUAGCUUGCUCUCGAGCUUCACCCCUUGCACUUAACAUAAGCUAUUUUUGGCGUUGUGUUAUCAUCUGCUUAUUUUAUAGAUCAAUAUUUUUAUUUCCCCUUUUGCUGAGGAAAUGAAGAUAAGAAGAAAUAUAUAUAUAUAAAUAUAUAUAAGAUGAAUUGCUGAAAUCUAAGGAUUCCUUUGUGGCUGCGCUCUUUGUGCCAAUAGACCUUGCCAUGACCAAAAAGAGAAAUGUAAAUAAUUUUAUAAAACAUAGGAGAAUCACAAAGUACCUUUGGGUUGCUCUUUGAAUUCUUUCCCUUGGCACCACUGCUCAUAUUGUUUUAGGAGAUGAUUGGGACAGGAAUUUACAGGCUGUGUAAGGGAGUCCCCUUCUCAAGCCCCCUGUCCACCUUGCCAGAUCCACACGUACGUGUCUCCUGUGCAAGAUGCACCUUGCUGGGGGAACAUGGUAAAGAUGGGCAUUUAACCUUGGGUUCCUGAGUACUUGCUAACUGAAUCCCUGUAACUGCUGAGUGGUUACUAGAGGAAGUCUUUCUUCCGUUUGGAAAUUGGGAGACAAUGCUUGCUAACCCAUGAGCACCUGUGCCAUCACUCAGACCCCCCGUCCCCGAACAAUUGCACUUUGAAAUGCCAACAGUGAGUGGGAUGUCCCUCUCAGUGAAACCUCUAGAUUAGGUGUCAUAUAGUCAUACCUUUCUCCUACUCAGGCUGUUGGCAUCUGGGAUUCUCUCCACACCACAGCUGGCAAAGGCAGUUUGCAGCAAGAUGAUGAGAGAAGGGACCAGGAGGAAGUUUGGAACAGACAACUCUUUUGCUUCUAAUUUUGGCAAUAUCAUUUUUUUCUCUAUUGGAAACUUACUCACUUGUGUUAAUUUUUAAACAUGAAUGCAUACAUGUCCAAUUUUGACAAGUAUGUGAUCAUCAGUAAUGUUAACUUUCAAGAAAAAUCCAGAGUUCUCUUCAGAUACUGUUCCAUGGGAAUGGUUCUUCACACUUCAAGAAGGCAAUGAUUAUGAGAAGCCAGGUGAAUAAAUCUUACAGAAGAAAAUAAGUCACAAAAGGCAAAUCAAAAAUAAAGACUGAGUGUAUGGGAUUUGUGUUCAUGGAGAUCUUAUGUUUGUAUGUGUUUAUUUCUUUUCAAAGAAAGUGGUCUUUACAGCAUUUAUUCUUGUCAAUGUUCUUCUUUUGUUUAUAUCUCCCCAUUGAGUUUGUGUGGUCUUUUGGUAUCAACCAGGAUCUAUAUAACAAUAACUGCUCUAUCUUGAGUCCUUUUGCUCUGUCUUUCCAAUUAAGUAACAAGACACUUACAACUGUAUAUCCUAUAAGAUAUUUAAAUUCAAAAUGAGCAAAGUGCUCUCAGUAACUCUAUAUACUUUUGCCUCUUUCUCCAGUUCAUGUCUUAGUUAAUGAAAAUUUUGAACCCAUCCUGGAAACUAUAUGAAACAAUAGUAAAAAACAAAGCUUAUGAACCAAACACCCUGAGUUCAAAUUGUCUACAAUUUGAUAAUUGUUAUUAAACCUUCAAUGCAUAACUUUUCCCACUGUGCAACUGGAAUAAUAAACAUAUUUCUACCAUA